AUGGCAUUAAGAAACUUUAUCGAAAUAAAUGUUUCACAUCAGAUAGAAGAGGAUGAUGCAAAUGCCAUAGCCGCUGAAAAUAAAAUUGAUGUAAUGAAAGAAGAAAUGAUGUUCAAUGUAUUCGUACAAAUAGGAGUAUUGGAAGCCGAAUUCGACAGAUGUAGAAAACAACUAUUUAGUGAGUUACAAAAGACACAUGACAGGAUUGCCGACCUAGAUAAAGAAGUUGAUAAGAAGAGUGGCAUUAUUGUCAGCCUAAAAAGGAAAAUUGCUAUGGACAUCGCCCGCAAAAAAGAUCAAUUGAGCGCGCUAAAACUUGAAUACAGUGAGAAAGAUGGAGAAAAUAUCCGGCUGAGAAAAGAAAUGCUCACCUUAUAUGAAUGCAAAGAUCAACUAGUUGGAGAAAUAAAAAAUGCAAAUGACAGGAUUGCCGUCCUAAAUAAAGAAGUUAAAAAGAAGAGUGACAUUAUUGUCGACCUAAAAAGGGAAAUAAGCGAACAGAAAGAUACUUUUGCUGAGAACAUCGCCAGCAAAGAAGAAAAGUUGAGGAUAUUAUCAAUUGAACUGAAUGAGAAGCAUGAAAUAAAUAACGUGCUGAAAAAAGAGAAUGACACGUUACAAGAAAAUUAUAAAAAGGAAAUUAAAUAUCUCCAGAAUUUAAAUGUUGAACACAAAAAGAAUAUCGAACGACUAAAUGAUCAUAUUAAGAAAAUGAAUAUUGACAUGAAAAAUGUAAGUUGUAAACAUAGAAAGGAAACAGAACAACUUGAAUAUGACUUAAAUGAGACAAGACAUGCAUUCACUUGUAAGGAAAACGAAAUCAAAGUCAGAAGUACUGAACUGGAGUAUCAAAUAGAUACAUUGGAAACAGAGAAACGUAAAUUAGGCGAAAUUGUGGAAACGCUAAAUACAGAAGUGAAGACUCUAAAAUCUACACAGAAACAGCUAGAAAAAAGGAAAGCAGACAAUGCUAAUGAAAAUGUAGAAGAUAAGACGUUCGAGAGGUUGAAUAAAACGUGUCAAACUGACUGGACCUACGAUAAUCCUCGCCUUAGUUAUCUAACGCGACCAACAAAGAUAGCGGAGGACUAUGCGGAGCUUUAUGAUAACGAAUGGACAGAUCUCUUCGAUGAUAUAGAACUUGCAACCGAAGAAGAAAAUAUCUCUUUUAUUCUACACAUCCUUAUGAAAACAAGUGCAAUCUGCAGUGACCUUUCCAACUGCCACAAGAAGAGAAUACAGGAUGCCUUCUGCAAACUUACUUCUACAAGUCAAAUCAAGCGAUUUGAUCCAAAUAAAGAAGAAGACAUCCACAGCGAGGAGGAAGAAACUGGUUCGACAGCAGUUGAAUUUGAAAAAGAUUUUGGAUUGGUGACAAAAGAG